GGUAGCUUGUUUAGGGCAGCGUUGGACUGAGGCUGGGGGCUCUAGCUGAAGAGGGAGAAGACAAACAUUUGGGAGGAGGAUAAAAGAAACAUGACUGUUCAAAAGGAAGAUGUGGAAAAGUUUCUCAAAGAGAAUCCUGCAUUUGCACAACAAUACUUUGCCAAGAAGUUGAGCCCUGACUUCAUUUCAAAGGUGUCAGGGCUCCAAGAGAAACAGAUUGACGUCAGCUUCUUCCAAGAGCUCGUUCAGGUUGAGGAAAGCCAAAUCAUGUAUGACCUGAUCAAAGACAUGCAGGAGAACAUCAACAUGGAAAAGGUGGUCUUCAAGAUCCUGAAGAGAAUCAGCGCACUCAUCCAUGCUGACCGCUGCAGCUUGUUCAUGUACCGGCAGAGGAACGGCAUCGGAGAACUCGCCACAAGGCUCUUCAGUGUCAACACAGAGUCAGAGAUGGAGGACUGUGUGGUGCCGCCAGACUCUGAGAUUGUCUACCCACUGGACCUGGGAAUAGUUGGCCACGUGGCCCAGACCAAAAAGACUGUUAAUGUGAAAGAUGUCAGAGAGAACCAGUACUUCAGCUCAUUUGUCGACGAACUCACAGAUUAUAAGACCAGGAACAUUUUGGCUAUGCCCAUUCUCAAUGGUAAAGACAUGGUGGCAGUGAUCAUGGCUCUGAACAAGACCUCAGGACCACAUUUCACUGCUGAGGAUGAAGAUCUUUUUUUAAAGUAUCUAAAAAUUGCCACUUUGAACUUGAAGAUCUACUACCUGAGUUACCUCCACAACUGUGAGACACGUAAAGGACAGUUGUUGCUGUGGUCUGCCAACAAAGUCUUUGAAGAACUCACAGACAUUGAGCGACAGUUUCACAAAGCCUUGUAUACGGUCCGAGCCUACCUAAACUGUGACCGCUACUCUGUUGGUUUACUAGACAUGACAAAGGAGAAGGAGUUCUUUGACGUCUGGCCAGUGUUGAUGGGAGAGCAACCGCCGUACUCUGGCCCUGUAACUCCUGAUGGCAGGGAGGUAAAUUUUUACAAAGUGAUUGAUUAUAUAUUACACGGGAAAGAAGAUAUCAAAGUCAUUCCCAACCCACCCGCUGAUCACUGGGCCUUGAGUAGUGGCCUGCCUACUUACGUUGCUGAGAGUGGUUUUAUUUGUAACAUCAUGGAUGCAGCUGCUGAUGAGAUGUUCCGGUUUCAGACUGAGCCACUUGACAACAGCGGUUGGACUGUAAAAAAUGUUCUUUCACUGCCGAUCGUCAACAAAAAAGAGGAGAUAGUUGGUGUGGCCACUUUUUACAACAGAAAAGAUGGAAAGCCUUUUGACGAUCAGGAUGAGCAGCUCAUGGAGGCUCUGACCCAGUUCCUGGGUUGGUCAGCUUUGAAUACGGACACAUAUGACAAAAUGAAUAAGCUCGAGAAUCGGAAAGACAUUGCCCAGGACAUGGUGCUUUACCAUGUCAAAUGUCAGGAUGAUGAGAUACAGAAUAUUCUGAACACCAGAGAGGUCUAUGGCUGCGAACCCAGAGAGUGUGAAGAGGAUGAGCUCCUAGUUAUCCUGAAAAAAGACCUACCUCCACUGAUUAAGAAGUUUGAGAUCUACGAGUUUCACUUUUCAGAUUUCAACUGCACAGAGAUGGAGCUGGUGAAGUGCGGGAUCCAGAUGUACUAUGAAGUCGGGGUGGUCAAAAAGUUCCAGGUCCCUCAAGAGGUGCUGGUCCGUUUCAUGUGUUCAGUCAGUAAAGGUUACAGGAGAAUCACGUACCACAACUGGCGUCAUGGCUUCAAUGUUGGACAGACUAUGUUUACACUAUUAACGACGGGAAUGCUAAAGAGAUACUACACUGACUUGGAAGUAAUGGCCAUGAUAACUGCAGGAUUCCUCCAUGAUAUUGAUCACAGAGGGACAAACAACUUGUAUCAAGUCAAAUCAGGUAACCCUUUGGCCAAGCUCCAUGGCUCCUCCAUUUUGGAACGCCACCAUCUAGAGUUUGGAAAGUUUCUCUUGGCUGAUGAGUCACUGAAUAUCUACCAGAACCUUAACAGACGACAGAUGGACCACGUCAUUCAUCUCACAGACAUUGCCAUCAUCGCCACUGACCUGGCUCUCUAUUUCAAGAAAAGAACCAUGUUCCAGAAGAUUGUGGACCUUUCAAAAACAUAUGAGGAUGAAAAGAAGUGGGUCGACUUCAUGUCUUUAGAGACAACCAGAAAAGAGAUCGUCAUGGCUAUGAUGAUGACGGCAUGCGACUUGUCUGCUAUCACCAAGCCUUGGGAGGUACAGAGCAAGGUUGCCUUGUCUGUAGCAGCAGAGUUUUGGGAGCAGGGUGACCUUGAGAGGACAGUGCUGGAACAGCAGCCCAUUCCCAUGAUGGACAGGACCAAGGCAGCAGAGCUUCCAAAGCUACAGUGUGGUUUCAUUGACUUUGUCUGCACAUUUGUCUACAAGGAAUUCUCUCGUUUUCACCCACAAACCCAGCCCAUGCUGGAUGGCAUCAUAAAUAACAGGAAGGAGUGGAACGCUAAAAAAGAAGAGUAUGAAGCUAAACUCAGAGCCAUAGAGGAGCAGAAGGCUGCCAUGGCCAGAAAAGCUUCUGCAAACAACCCUAGUGGUGGAGGUUCAGGAUCCAAGACCUGUUCAGUGUGCUAAAAGGUCAGAGCUGCACAUGAUUGGCGUCCACACCAGCCGUUCAAGACAAGCAACUCAUCCCUGUCUCAAAAUAUUUUGUAAAUAUGAAUCCCCAUGUACCAGGGAGCACAAAGUUUUAUAUUUCUUUUUAUGGUUUCAUUUAAAGAAACCAUUCGGUGCAGGAUAUAAUAAACUUGUACAUACUGUAUAUCUGUAUAGUAAGUGAUACCAUGUACAAUCUGUAAUGUAUACUAAAUAUAUUUUAGUGUACAGUGUUACAAGUAAUUCUUUACUGCAAAGCCCACAUUGUUGUAUGUUUUAGGCUCCAUUAUGUUGCUAAUAGUUUUGAACAUACCGUAUGUUGUGCAUUAAUGUAGUAUUCAUUUUAGGUUCUCAGAAUAAAAUGCAGAUUAGAUUAGAACUGUUGUAUAAAGAAGUACUAUUGAAAUACUGCACAUAUAUUCUCUGUUUUCAUAAUAGUCAUAGUACAUAAAUAUGGAGGACAUGCAAACUCCACCAACCAUUCCUGACCCCAGGACUAUUGUGUGGCAGUCGCACAUCUGCAGUAACAACCUCUGCAGCCAGACAGUGAAGGCUCCUGAAGAAACUGUUUAAAACAGUGCACAUGAACAGCUCAGCCUCUUGUACAGAAUUGUACAAAAGCAUAUAUAAUAUAUGCUUUACUCGAAAUAUAGAUGCUUAGUUUUAAAUUUGUAAGUUACUGAGAUUUGCAGGCAGUGGCAAAUGAGAUAUGACUUUGUUUAUGGUUUGUCACGCUUGCCUCAAUUUCCUGAUGUACAAGUGGAAUAAAAUAUGGGUGUAUCAGAAAUUAUAGUGUA